CUUUACUUGAUUGUGAAGAAAGUUCACAAGUUUGUUUUCCCUCCUAUACUUUUUGCGUUUCUUCUUCUUUUCUCUUACCACCUCCACCUACUAUAUCCUUUCCCUACAAUGCACCUGUUAUCCCGUAUUGCACGACCCAUCUUUUCCCCUGCGUCGCUCCGCCGAAACUAUUCUGGCUUGAGUUUCACCUUGUCGGACGAGCAGAAAUCCAUGCAAGAGAUGGUCCGCAAGUUCACACGCGAAGAGGUCAUACCUGUAGCAGCCGAGCAUGACGCGACGGGAGAAUAUCCUACAGAGGUGAUUAAGAAGGCCUGGGAACUUGGUUUGGUCAAUACGCAUAUUGGCGCUGAAUAUGGCGGUAUGGGUCUGGGUGUGGUUGAUAGCGCUAUUAUUUCCGAAGAGCUCGGUUAUGGAUGCACAGGUAUCCAAACCGCCAUUGAAGGCAACAACCUCGCCGAGGCGCCGCUGCUCGUCGCUGCCAAUGAUGCCCAAAAAAAGAAAUACCUCGGCCGGAUGACCGAAGCACCCCUGAUGGCAUCCUACGGCGUAACCGAACCAGGCGCAGGGUCCGACGUAGCUGGUCUCCGUACUACAGCAGUGAAGAAGGGUAAAGAGUGGAUCCUCAAUGGCCAAAAAAUGUGGAUCACCAACUGCGGACAUGCCAACUGGUUCUUUGUCCUUGCUCGCACGGAAGAAAAUGUAUCACCUGGGAAAGCGUUCACUGGCUUUAUCGUGGAUGGUGACUCGCCUGGUAUCCAGCGUGGCCGAAAGGAAAUCAAUAUGGGUCAGCGUGCGUCGGAUACGCGUGGAGUGACGUUUGAAGAUGUUGCUGUGCCCGAGGAAAAUGUGCUGGGCACCGCAGGCCAAGGUUUUAAGAUUGCCAUGGGCGCAUUCGAUAUCACGCGCCCAUUGGUUGCAUCUGCUGCUGUAGGAUUGGCUCGACGUGCAAUGGAGGAGGCUACAAAAUAUGCACUUGAGCGAAAGACGAUGGGCAAGGAGAUAUUCAAACAUCAAGCCGUGGCAUUCAUGUUGGCUGAUAUGGCUAUCGGCAUAGAGAGCGCGCGCAUGAUGGUAUAUCGUGCAGCAUUAAUGCGCGACCAAGGUCAAAAGAACACCUGGCAUGCUAGUAUAGCUAAAGCUUUGGCAUCUGAAGUAGCAAAUAAGACUGCCGGUGACGCUCUCCAGAUUUUUGGUGGCAAUGGCUUCAACACGGAAUACCCAAUAGAAAAACUCUAUCGUGAUGCUCGUAUCUAUACGAUUUAUGAAGGCACCAGCCAAAUCCAAAGACUUAUCAUCUCCCGUGGUUUGGCUGAUAUGGCUUCAUCCGGUGCCAGCGCCAUUGGUGGACUGUGAAUGGAAAACCCCUUCUAAUAGAGUAUCGUUGUAAUGGUUACUAUGGCGAAUAAUGUGUAUUAGUAUACUAGAGAUGAUGUAUUUGUGUUUAGCAUUCAAAUCUGGCCUUUUUGAUCCGUCGGUGUUGCCACUCGUGUUGUCCUUUUCAAUCUGUCAGAGAGAAUCAUCCAUAAAAGGGCUAUGGAAUAUGUCCAUCGAUAUAGUACAGUACUGUUCUUUUGAAAAGCAACUGCUGUGGAGAACAUAUUAUCAGUAUUGUGACCCGUUGAUCUACAUAGACACCAAGGAUCACGAAUGAUUAAGCAGACAUCCACUUUCGUUGCUCUCUUUUAAUUAAAAACUGACCCUUUUGUUUCCAAGUGAGGCUAAGCACUUUUUUCCUGGUGCUACGCCAAUGCACGAAUUAAGGCAACAGGGCGCACUAAAAAAACGGGCUUUUUCUUUUCUUUUCUUUGCAGCUGCU